CUCUCUUUAGCCAAGAGGGCUUUCUUUGGUCUCAUAAGAAGCUCUACGAUUCCUCACUCUUUUGAAACACUCCUUAGACCAACAUCUCAGUCUCCGCCAUGUCAACAAAGAAUACAGUCGCUGUCAUUCUGCCAGAAACUAUGCAAAAGGAGUGGCCUUUCCAAGCAGGAUAUAUAUCCUACAUUUACUUCUUCUUCUCUUUGCUCUCAUCGUUACCAUCCUUCCAUCUCUACCUGCGUCUCUCUCUUCCAAAUUACUCUCCGCUGCGCCAAUAACAGUACAUACACCUUACCCAGCCCUAAGAAAACUUCAAGACGGGAAUCACCUCCCCUUGUCCCCUCCCAAAAA